ACACAGGAAGAUCCCACCAUCCCUCACCAUCAUCAGGCCGUAGAGCUAAAAGACCUCAAAAUUGAGAUUAAAGAGGAAGAAGAAGAGACGUUGGUGAGUGGAGAUCAGCAGUCUAUAGAGGAGGGGGCGUCUUCGCUACAAAUGGACACAUAUGGAUCCUUUAUUCAGAAUAGGAAUAGCUCUGAGGAGCUUCUUAUUUUAUCUGGAGAUUGUGAUGCAGAGGACAAUAGUGUUGCACAAUAUUUUUCAGAACUGAAUCCCAUUACUGGAAACGCACAUCACCGAUUUUACCCCUUGGAGCAAUCAAUGGAUACAUCUAAUCCUAAGGAAUCUUCUUUGGACCACAUAGGAAUUCACACAAAAGUGGGUUCAUUGUCUUCCUUGGGGUGCAAUAAAUCCCACGCUGUAUACAAAACACUCCUAAAAAAGGAGAGAAGUCACAAGAGUGAUCGUCCUUUCUCAUGUUCAGAGUGCGGGAAAUGUUUCAGCAGCAAAGAACAGCUUCAUAAACAUUGGAGAAUUCACACAAGAAAGCGUCCUUUCUCAUGUUCAGAGUGUGGGAAAUCUUUCCUUUACAAUAGGGAGCUCAUCAAUCACCAAAGAAGUCACACAGGUGAGCGCCCUUUCGCAUGUUUAGAGUGCGGGAAAACUUACCUUCAAAAAGGAGAUCUUCUUAAACACCAGAGAACUCACACAGGCUCUUUCCCUUUUACAUGUUCAGAGUGCGGGAAAUGUUUCAAUAAGAAAGGGACGCUUCGUGAACACCAGAGAAUUCACACGGGUGAGCGUCCUUUCUUGUGUUCCGAGUGUGGGAAGUCUUUCACUAUGAAAGGAGACCUUGUUAAACACCUGAGAAUUCACACAGGGGAGCGUCCUUUCGCAUGUCUAGAUUGCGGGAAAUGUUUCACGAUGAAAAAAGACCUUCUCAGGCACCAGAGAAUUCACACGGGCGAGCGUCCUUUUUCAUGUUCAGAGUGCGGGAAAUGUUUUACACAAAAAGGAAGUCUAAUUAGACAUGAGAGACUUCACACUGGUGAGUGUCCUUAUCCAUGUUCGGAGUGCGGGAAAUGUUUCAUUAGGAAAGCAGAGCUUCUUAAGCAUCAGAAAAGCCAUGGGCGUGAACCUCCUAUUUGACAUACAACGUGUGAGAAAUGGUUCAUUAGGAAAGCAGAGCUUCUCAAGCAUAAGAAAAGCCACAAGGUAGAGCCUCCUAUUUGACAUACAAAGUGUGGGAAAUGUUUAAUUAGGAAAGAAAAGUCUCUUAGAUGUCAGAAGAGCCUCCUAUUUGAUGUACAAAGUGCGGGAAAUGGUUCAUUAGGAACGCAGAGCUUCUUAGACAUCAGAAUAGCCACAGGGUAGAGCUUUCGCAGUCAUGUUGGAACAGGAAGGGGCCAUCUUCAAACUGUUCCCACAAAGUUGGGAGCAUGAAAUUGUCCAA